AUGAUGUAUCGUCUCCUGUCUGCCCUCUCGGCCCCUCUGCUCGCCACCCUCGUCCAGGGCUACGCGGAUCCUGGGGCCUGCUCUGGGGUCUGCACCACCCAUGACCCGGGCCUGAUUCGCAGAGAGUCCGACGGAACCUACUUCCUCUUCUCGACCGGAGACGACAUCUCCUACGUCUCGGCCUCCUCCCUCGAGGGCCCAUGGACUUCUGUCGGCUCGAUGCUGCCGGAUGGCUCGUCCAUUGACCUGGCCGGCAACAAUGACCUAUGGGCCCCGGAUGUCUCCUACAUCGACGGUCUCUACUACGUCUACUACGCCGUGUCGACCUUUGGCUCGCAGGACUCGGCCAUCGGCCUGGCCACGUCCGAGACCAUGGAGUACGGCAGCUGGACCGACCACGGCUCCGUGGGCAUCGAGUCGUCCUCCUCCAAGAUCUACAACGCCAUCGACCCCAACCUGCUGAACGACGACGGCACCUAUUACGUCCAGUUCGGCUCUUUUUGGGAUGAUAUCUACCAGGUGCCCAUGGAGUCGCCCCCCACCAAGACCUCCACCGCCUCCUACAACAUCGCCUACCAGCCAGACGGGACCCACGCCGAGGAGGGUUCCUUCCUCUACAAGUACGGCGACUACUACUACCUCUUCUACUCGGCCGGCAUCUGCUGCGGAUACACCACCUCCCUCCCUGCGGCAGGAACGGAGUAUCAUAUCGAGGUCUGCCGGUCGACCUCUCCCACAGGCGACUUCGUCGAUGCCGACGGUGUCGCAUGCACCGACGGCGGUGGCACUCUGGUUCUGGCCAGCCACGGCACGGUCUACGGACCGGGUGGACAGGGUGUCUUCGACGACCCGACCUACGGCUCCGUGCUCUACUACCACUACAUGGACACGGACAUCGGUCUGGCCGAUGAUGAGGCCCAGUUCGGAUGGAACGUCAUUGACUGGUCCACCGGAUGGCCGGUGGUGUAA